AUGCCGUUAGCUGGUUUAGUUAAUCAAGCUGCUUUUUCAAGUACAAUGGGAAUGAAUAUGCUUGCCCAAGCUCAACGUUCUCAAAUGCUUCAACCUCAACAACAACAAAUUCAGCAAGUACAAUCACGCCAACAACAAUCGUCACAGCAGCAACCAUCUUCUUCCCCUGCUCGCUCUCAACGUACUUUUAUUGGUGUUAUUACGAAAAUGAUGGAAACUUAUGGAUUUGUUGACGAGGAUGUUUUCUUUCAGACAAGUGUUAUUCGUGGCACAAUGCCUCGUCUUGGUGACCGUGUUAUGGUAGAAGCAAACUACAAUCCUUCAAUGCCGUUUAAAUGGAAUGCUUAUCAAGUUCGUCUUAUUAAUGACACUUCUCAAGGCGGUGGAGGUCUUCAACAACAACAAGCUAGCCGUCAAUUACCACCACCACAACAACAAAAUGGAAUGAAUUCGUCAAAUCGUUGGGCUGGUAGUAGUGGUGGAGGAGGGGGAGGAAGUAGCGAUCGUCGUAGUAACAUUAGAGAUGAGCCGCGAAGACAAGUACCUUCUACAAUUCCUCGUCGUUCUUCUCCAGCAAAGCGUCCAUCUUCGCGUCAACGUACUCCACCACGUCGUACAACUCCUCGUAAGCGUGAACCAUCGCCUAGAAGAGAAGCUUUUGGAAGGAAGGAGCGAGAACAUGAUCGUGGUGAUUCUUCUUCAGUUCGUGGACAAUCUACUAAACUCGAUGCUGAUUCUUCGCCUCCAAGACGUCGUCAACGUAUCAUUCCUCGUUAUCAUUGUAAUAUGCCGAAGCAGACUUUGCCUUUGGGUGAUAUGAAGAACGCUGAUUUGCGACGACGCUAUGCUAGUUUAUAUAUUCCGUCCGAUUUUAUUCGAUGCAGUUUUGAUUGGAUUUCUUCUAUUCCGCUUGAAACUCCAAUCAAAUUUUCUCCACAUCCAAUCAACUUCCAUGUUUUGCAUAAAGAUAUUGAUGCUCCUUUGGCUUUGGGGGAAGAGGCUCCGAUUGAAAAUCCUGUUGAUGCUGAUUAUCGUUAUAUUGUUAAGGUAAUGCUUAUUUCACAUCCUGGUUUGAUGGCAAUUCGUCGUAAAUUGAGUGGACUUAUGUCUGAUGGAAGUAUUGAUGAAGCUACUGAAACUCAACCAUUAACAAAAACAAUUCAAUUGCUUGUUGGUCAUCGCGGCAAAGGCGAAUAUAUGUGUAUUGGAGGUCCAUGGUCUCCAUCUUUGGAUGGUCUCAAUCCUUUGGAUCCUGUAACAUUGGUUAAAACUGCUAUUAGAACUACUAGAGCAAUGACUGGGUUAAAUCUGUCUGACUGUUCUAAAUGGUACAAAAUUGCGCACUUGCGUUACUUGCGUGCUGAACGUCAACGUAUUGAUUCUGUUGUUCUAAUGCUUCCGGAUACAAGCGCAAUAGAAAGUUUUAAAGUUGAUGAGGAAAGCUACAAAAUUUGUGAACAAUUGUUACGUGAUCAACUUGCCGUUAAAUUGGCGGCAAUUGAUGCUGAACAAUUCAAUGAGAAGAAAGAAACGGAAGGGGAAAAUGUUGUUGAUGGGGAAAAGUCUGUUGUUGAAAAGGGUGUUGAUGGUGGGGGGAUAGAAAAGGCUACCACAACGACGACUGCUACUGCUGCGACUUCUGCUGCUACUUCAUCAACGUUGGUUGCUACUUCUGCUCCUGAAGUUGGUGUUGAACCACCAUCAAAAGAGAAUAAUGCUGUUCCUGAUCUUUGUAUUGCUACUGAGGAGGCUAUGGACUCAUCAUCUCCUCAAAAAUCUGCUGAUACUUCUCAAGAAACUCUUCAAUCUCCCAAAAAGGAAACUAAAACACAUUGGUCUUUGUUGGAACCUGUUGUUCGUACAAUGAAGGUUGCUGAGCUUCGUGAAGAACUUGAAUUGCGUGGACUUGAUUCUAAAGGAUUAAAAAAUGUGUUGUCUCAACGUUUGUCUGAAGCUAUUGGAAAAGAAAAGGAAAAUGAUGAGAAAAAUGAGAAUCAAGUAGGGCAACAACAACCACAAGAAAAGCCUGCAGAUGAAGCAAUGCCUGAUACUGAACAGCAACAACAAAAUUUGGUUUCAAAGGAACAAGAAGAAGAAGAAGAAGGAGCGAAACCAAAUGAACAACAACCUCCUGCUCAGAAAACAACUAGUGAACCUAGUAUAAUGGUUAAAAUAAAGGAAGAAAUUAUUGAAUUGAUGGAAACUGAUGAAGCGCCGGAAGAGAAGAAGGAAUCACCUGAAGAACAAGCAAAACGUGAAAAAUUGGAAAAGGAACGUCAAGAAUUGGAAAAAGCUAAAGAAAAAUUUGAAAAAGAAAAGAAAGAACGCAAAGCUACUUUAGAACGUCAUUAUAGCCAAAUUCCUAAAGAACCUGGAAUUUUUGUUUAUCCUAGCAAAACGGCAAAAGGUGGAAAAUUUGAAUGUAAAUUGAUGUCUAUACAUUCUUUAUUGGAUUAUCGUCAGGAUGAUAUUAAAGAAUCGUCUUUUGAGGUCUUUAUAUUUGUUGAAGCUUUACGUGAAGCAAUUGAUCGUUCCAACGCUUUUGUUGUUUAUCACUCUGUGGCAACUUGUUUAGAUCGAGAAGCUGAAAAGAAGCGUCGAAAUGAAACACUUUCUGAAGCUUGUAAAGAUGAAGAUGUUGUUGUAAUAAAUGAAAGUAGUGGAGGAAGUGGAGGUGGGGGAGGAAAGGAAAAAGAAGAAGAAAAAGAAAAGGAAGGAAAUAAGGAAGGAAGUGGCGGUCAAAAUUCUGAUAAACAACCACCAAAAUCACCUCUAAGUUCUUCAACAGAUUUGCGAACAAAUUUUAAGGCUAUAGUUCACAAUUUGGACCUGUUUUCAGCUUUUGUACAUUUUGAUGGAAAUAUUUGCGGUUAUUUGACUGAUCGCGAUUUGGAAGAAAUUAUAAACUCUACAGGAUUAGACUUGUCUCGUGGUGAAGUUAAAAAUUUGGUUAAAAAAUUGGUUUCAAAGGAACGUGUUAAUUAUCGUGAUUUGACUGAUAAAUGGGUUGAUAAAGAAGGGAAUGUUAAAUAUAUACCUGAACCUAUAUAUCAAGGUGGAGGAAGUUUGUUUGAGAGUUACAAGGAGUUGGCUAACGGACAUGCUAAUUUGGAACUGCUGUCAGUUUCUUCAAACAAUAAUUUACAACCAACACCUAAUGAGGCUUCUUCUGACAUAUUCUUUUAUGAAGGCAAAAUUGUUAAUAUUAAACAAUGUAUUCAACAACAACAAGCUAUGGAAGAAGAACGUCAGGCUGUUUUGGAUAAAAAUAAUGAAUUGGAUUUACAAUUGAAAACAACAAAAGAACAACGUGAUAUAUUAGAAAAGAAAAAGCGUCGUCUUGAAGAUGAUGUUGAUCGUUAUAGAAAAAAAUUGCAUGAUGCAGAGAAGAGUUUGAAGAAGGAAAAGGAUGAUAAUGAAGUUUGUAAGAGGUCUUUAACUGAUUGUAAACGUUAUGGACAACGAAUUAUUUCAAUUGUUGAAAGUGUAUUCCCUCCACCACCGCCUCCUAAAACGUCUUCAAAGGAAGGGGAAAAUGUUAAGAAUAAUAAUGGUGAAAAUGGGGGAGGAAAGGAAGCUGCUGGCAAGGAGGGUGGGAAGGAAGCUAAGGACAAUAAAGAAAGCAAGGAAACGUCAGCUUCUGAUGUUGUUGUUCUUUUGGAUGAAUGUAAAGAUGAUAGUACAACUAAUAAUAAUUCUUUUAAGGAAGAGAAUAAUCAGGCACAAAAAGAUGAUAGUGAUUUAAUUACUGAACCAAUAAGUGUUGAAAUGGUUGUGGCUGAAGGAGAAGGUGGUGAAAUGACCAAACAACAAGUGACUAAACAAGGAGUUGAUGUUGCUGACGAGCAAAAUUUGGAAAAUAAAAAUGAGGGUGGGGAAGAAGGGAAGUGAAGAAAAAUUGAAUGAGGAAAAAAAUAUGGAAAUUGACAAUCAAGUUUUAUUUUUUAUAAAUUUAAUUUUUUUGGGGGGAAAAUUAAAUAUUUAGUUAGUUAAGGAAUGAUAUUAUUUUAAUUUUUGAUGUGUUUUAGUUGGUAUUCCUCAUAAUAUUUAUGGUUUUUUUUUAAAUUAAAAAUAUUUUUUUUGUUGUGUAAGAAAUUAUGUAAAAUUUAAGGAUCUGGAGGGGGAUUAUGUUAUUCUAAAAAUUGAUUUUAAUUCAUUCAAUUAUAUUUUUUUAAUUUUUUGGGGUAGGUCAUUCUGUCAUUUAGGUCAUUCUUUCUGUUUUCUUGGCGGGGG